ACGCGUGCUAGAGCCGGACUCGUGCUUAGGUGCAAACGCCACUGACCAGAGAGAGAGAGGAAUACCGGCGGAAGAGUAACGCGUGCUUUUGCGCAGAGCGACGGUCCUGGUGUGGAUGGAGUCUGCGAAAGCUGACUGGACACGGGGCUCCUCUCCUGUGACCCCUGUGCUGUCCUCUAGACUACGGGCCUCAUCUCCAGAACAUGCCCAGGGCUCACCAUGAACCAGACCUCGAGAUCCGACACUGGAUUAUUCCUGAGCAACAACUCCCCUGGAAUGCGAGACUAUCCCGACACCGCCUUUAUCCCUCACGACCUCGCCAACGUCUCCCCCCUCCCAUGGGGUGCCAACUUGACCAGCUCCCAUAAUGCAACGCUGACGCCCACUGCGGUGUAUGACCCCCUGGGCGGUCACUCCGUGUGGCAGGUGAUCAUCAUCGUCCUGCUGACGGGGUCUCUGUCUCUUCUCACAAUCAUUGGGAACAUCCUGGUGCUUGUGUCUUUUAAGGUCAACAAGCAGUUGAAGACGGUGAAUAAUUAUUAUCUCCUCAGCCUGGCUUUCGCUGACCUCAUCAUCGGUGUCCUGUCAAUGAACCUCUACACCACGUAUAUCGUCAUGGGCAAGUGGACACUUGGGAACUGGGCGUGUGACCUGUGGCUGGCCGUCGACUACGUGGCCAGCAACGCUUCCGUCAUGAACUUGCUGGUGAUCAGCUUUGACAGGUACUUCUCUGUGACCAGGCCGCUGACGUACAGGGCCAAACGGACCACUAAGAGGGCGAUGACCAUGAUCGGCCUGGCCUGGUCCAUUUCUUUUGUGCUCUGGGCUCCUGCUAUCCUGUUCUGGCAGUACUUUGUUGGGCAGAGGACGGUGCCGCCCGGGGAGUGUUACAUCCAGUUCCUCUCCGAGCCCAUCAUCACGUUCUGCACUGCCAUGGCCGCCUUCUACCUGCCUGUCACCAUCAUGACCGUGCUGUACUGGAGGAUCUACAAGGAGACGGAGAACCGCUCCAAAGACCUAGCAGGGCUCAAGGGCUCGGGGAACCAGGAGGAAGCCACCACCAUGAUGCCCCCUGCUGGCUGCUCUCGGAACAGCGUCGGCUACGAGCAGAACCAGCUGGCGCAGAAAGACUCCGGGAGGAAGAAGCCGGAGCGCUUCCGGUUCUGGCCGCUGGGUCGCAGAGGUCGGAGGGCGCGUCACGCUGGCGAUCUGGAACACAGCAGUAGCGACAGCUGGAAUAACAAUGACGCCGGGGUGUCCCUUGACCAGUCAGACGAGGAUGAGGACGAGGAGGGCACGGAGGCAAGGCCCAUCUAUUCCAUUGCAGUCGGCCCUUCUCGAGUGCGACCUGGCGAGAACCCUGCGCAAAGGAACCCGUCCGAGCAGCACUACCCGACCCCCAAAGGCGUCGCCUUAGAAAGGCCAUCCAGUAAAGGUAUGCGCAAGACCUCCCCCGAGACCCCGUGCGUUAUGGACGAGCCGAACACCUCCGGGGGUCCGUCUGGCUCCGGAUCGCCCUCGGUGCCUCUUUCCUCCAAAGAUGCGGCGUUGGCGAAGCGCUUCACCUCCAAGGCCAAGAUGCGGGCGCACAAGCGCAGGAAGAUGACGCUGGUGAAGGAGAAGAAGGCGGCACAGACGCUCCUGGCCAUCCUCUUCGCCUUCAUCAUCACCUGGACGCCCUACAACAUCAUGGUGCUGGUCAACACCUUCUGCGACGGCUGCAUCCCCGAGUCGCUGUGGGCGCUGGGCUACUGGCUCUGCUACGUCAACAGCACCGUCAACCCCAUGUGCUACGCCCUGUGCAACAAGACCUUCCGCACCACCUUCCGGAUGAUCCUGCUCUGCCGCUGGGACGGCCAGAACCGGAUCCAGACGAGGACCGUGGCGGUGGCCUACAGGAAGUAA